AUGGCAGAGACAGUUGUUACAGAAGUUGUUGUGCCGGUUGCAAAAUGGACAUUGAAAAGAAUUUGGCAAGAGUUGGGUUAUGUGUUUAGUUACAAAAGCAACGUUGGGGAUCUCAACAAGCAGGUUCAGGAACUGAGUGACAAAAGAUAUGGAGUGGACUUAGAGGUGAAACCUGCGAGAGAAGCUUUAAAGACUAUUAAUCCCGGAGUUGAUCGCUGGCUCGGUGAUGUAGACAAGAUCAUAAAAGAAAAGGAGACAAGUUUCAGUGAAGAAACUGUAGCAGCAAAGGCAGCAUGCUGUAAUGGGUGGCUUCCAAAUUUGAAGUGUCGUUAUUCUUUGGGAAAGAAAGCUAAGAAUAUGAUUGAGAAGGUUGAUGAGCUCUUUGCUAAAGAUCUCGGGACAAUAGCGCAUCGUGCUCCUCACCCAGAAGUGGAAUUCCAACCCACAGAGGACUCUAUUCAGCUGGGAAAGAACUUCCAUGAAGGUCCCAGCUCCUCAGGAACAUCAAACCAUGAACAGCCACCUGGCCUUCUUAAUUUUGAUUCAAGAAGAUCAACCAUUGGAGAUGUGAUGGAAGCUCUCAGGGGGAAUCAAAUCAAUCCCAUUAUCAUAUGCGGCAUGGGCGGCAUUGGGAAGACAACAUUGAUGGGGCAGAUUCUCGAGAAAGCAAAGGAAGAGGGUCUGUUCAAUGAGUAUACGAAGGCAACCCUCAAGGAAUCUCUUAACAAAGCUGCUGACUUGUGUCUUAUUCAAGAUGAACUUGCUCGAUAUCUAGGCCUGUCACUUGACGGAAAGGAGACAGAUGCAAGAGCAAGUAUGCUACGUCAAAGACUAUCUCAAGGCAGCAAGAAGAUCCUCGUAAUGUUAGACAAUGUUUGGACAACAGGUCCAGACUUUCUGUGGGACAUAGGGAUUCCCCCUAGUUGUCAACUUUUGGUGACAUCAAGACAACAGGAUCUUUUCAAGAACAUGGAUACGAGAAAGAAUUUCCCAAUUCAUGGUUUGUCGGAUAGAGAUGCCUGGAGUCUGUUCAAGAAGACAGCAGGGAGUUCCAUCGAAUCUGAUCCCGAGUUGCAUGUUGUAGCGGAAAAGGUUUUGAAGGAAUGUGCUGGAUUGCCGAUUGCAAUUUCAACUGUCGGAACGGCACUAAAAGGUGAAAGCAUUGCAAUUUGGAAGAAUGCACUGAGGGAACUAGGAAAGGCUAGCCCAGAAAACGUUCCAGGAGUGGUAGAACAUGUGUAUGGUAAAAUAAAGUUGAGCUAUGAAUGUUUGCCAAAUGAGCAAGCCAAAUCAUUCUUGUUGCUGUGUUGCAUAUUUGAAGAAAGCGCUGAUAUACCGAUUGAAGAUUUGGUUAGAUAUGGGCAUGGGCUUGGGCUCCUUAAAGGCAUUGAUUCAAUGGUUGAAGGAAGGAACUGUUUGGAAACAUUGGUUCACACACUCAAAAGUCGCUUUCUAUUGUUAGAUAGCGAUCAUAAAGAGUGUGUGAGAAUGCAUGAUGUGGUACGUGAUGUUGCCGUACAUAUAGCUUCUGAAGAGUUCGAGUUGGUUGAAAAGAAAAAUGAUGGGGUUGAAAAGAGAAUUUUGGUGAGAGACAAAGCAAAAACUGCGCAGUUGAUGGAUUGGCUUAAGGAUAGUGAUUCUCAUCAAUGGAAAUCUACUUAUUGCAGUUCACUGGGUAUCAGUGGGCCUUCUCAGCUUUUAUUGUUUGGAAAGAUACCUACAUGUACAAUUUCAUUGGAGCUGCCACCCACAAUUUUCAAUAGAAUGGAAGAUCUCAGGGUUGUAGCAAUUACUAAUGGGGAUAAAUGGCAUUGGAGUCAUAUGUCACUAGACUCACUACUGCCAUCACUUGCCAAUCUGAGGAACCUUCAAACACUGCGUCUAGAGACCUGUGAUUUCCACUGUGGUGUAUCCGUAAUUGGGGAACUAAGGUCACUGAUGAUACUCAGUUUGCGUGGAUGUUACAUCAAGCAAUUGCCUGAUACAUUUAAAAACUUGUCUGAUUUAAGAUUGCUUGAUUUGACGGAUUGCGAGUUUAAUGUAAUCUCACCUGGUGUGAUAUCAAGUUUAACCCGACUAGAAGAACUGUACAUGUGGGGUAGCUUUGAGGACUGGGUGGUUGAGAAACUAGCCUCCACUGAAACAACCAAUUGGAUCUCUCAGUUGGAGGCUGAGCAGGAAAGUGCUGCACAGGUAGGAACGCAGAAGAAAAAAAGGAAAGUGGAGACGUGGAAGGGGUUCAACAGAUUGGCAGUUGAGCAACCAGCAGAGGUAGUAAUGGAGGAGUUUAGAGAAUGGGUUCAAUCUGGUACUUUAAAGAACACUGACUGUACAAGGUGGGCAAACUCUAUGGACUGGGAAACUGGAAUACUUGCAGAGUUACUUUCCUUGUCCCGUUUGACUACAUUACAAGUUGUUCUGCCACCAGUCAAUGUACUUCUAAGCAGCCCUCUCUUUAACAAGCUCGAAAGAUUUAAGAUCUUCAUAGGAUGGAAGCAGCAUUUACGUAGAUUUAAAUUCAAGCAUUUUGGGGUUGAUGGCAACUACUUGAGAGUUCACGAUCUUGAUGCAAGCGCUACUGUGGGUAGUGGAAUCACUUUGUUGCUAAAGAAAACCAGCUUUCUUGAGUUUAGUGCGAGUCAGACUCAACUUCUGAGUGUCUUGGAUGCGCUCUGUUUUGCAAAGAUCAAGCGUCUUAAAUUCAUGAAUUCUAAACAUGUGGAGUAUUUGAUUGACACGAAACUUGUGAAUGACAGCAGCGCCAUCUUUCCUGUUUUGAAUUCAUUGAAGAUCAGAUCUGCAAAGAGGCUGAAAGAGAUUUUUCAAGGUGAGCUGCCUACGGGGUCUCUCAAGGAACUACGGAGUUUGACAUUAAAUAAUCUACCUGCACUGACCUAUAUUUGGAAGACAAAGAGUCAAUCUGAUCAAUGGGGUGUCUUGAGAAACAUUUUAGGGCUCAUUCAAGUGCUGAAAAUAACACGCUGCAACUCCUUGGAAGCGAUUGUUGCCUUUGAAUAUGAUAAUGAGGAAGUGAUCAACUUCUCAAGUCUGACAGAGUUGACUCUCAAUUAUCUACCAAACUUCACUGGGAUAAGCAAAAAUAUCUCUAAGCAGCCGGAAAGGCUACCAGAAGACAGCAGCUCGGAAGUAUAUUAUGACGUUAUCAUACAACCUCUGUUUGACAGCAAGGUUCAUUUCCCAGUCUUGUCAAAACUAUACAUUGACUGCGCAAACUUAAAAGAGAUAUGGAACAGCCAACUUUCAGCAGAAUCCUUUUGUGAGCUAAGAAUUCUACAGGUAGACGGAUGUCAUAAACUGUUGCAUUUGGUACCAUCUCAUAUGCAAAAUAGAUUGCAGAAAUUGGAGGGCAUACAAGCAUAUCGCUGUUCUUCACUUAAAGAGAUUUUUGAAUUUAGAAGAUUGAUUGUCAAUGAUGAAGGGGAUGCUGCUGCUUUAACGAUUUCCGAGUCAGGAAAUCAAGGGAUGCAAAUCAACAAGCUGAUGUCUUUCACACAAUCUGGUCAAGCCUUUCAGAAUCUUAGAGAGAUAUCAAUUUAUGAUUGUAGAAGUUUGACAACUCUGCUCUCUCCCUCAAUUGCCAGAGGUCUCGUGAAGCUUCAAGAACUAAUGAUAAAAAAGUGCGAGAAGAUUGAAGAGAUAGUAACACCAGCAGCAGAGGGUGAAGAAUCAGAGGAUGACAACAUGUUCCCUCAGCUACAUUCUUUGAGACUUGAGGAUCUACCAAAGCUCAGAAGCUUUUCGCAAGGCAACUAUAAUUUCAAAUGGCCACUAGCGGAAGACAUAGAAAUCCUCGAAUGCAAAAAUAUGAAGAAGUUUUGUUCAGGAUCCCUCAGCGCACCAAAGGAAGUGGAAAUAAAGGUCGAAGGUGCUGGUGGGAGUGUUUUGCAAGAGCUCAAUGACAGCAGACAAGAAAUCUGAUUGAUCAGAUUGGAUACAAAUUGUGCUUAUCUCUGUUUGUGGAGAGGGAGCAAAUCCCGGAGCUGCAUGACGAUACGCAAAGAUUGAGUUGUUAGUUAUGUCUGCAGAGUUGCCUGCUGGAGCCGAAAUUUGAGCCUGAGGUCACAAGCAGUGGCGACAAAUAGUUCCUUUUGUUAGUUCAAAAAUUAAAAUACAAACUGCAUUAUGGUUUAUUUGUAGGGAGUUUGGGUGAGGGUAGAGUGCUAGCCAUUUGAUGAAAAAAAAGAAAAAAAAAAAGGGCUGUGAUAAUUGUUCUAGCUAGAAGAGACUCGGGUUGGGUG